AUGUCAAAUAUCAAAGAUGUUGAUGGUUUAAGAUUGAUUGAAAACUUUAUCACCGAGCAAGAAGAGAACUCAUUGAUAGAGAAUAUCGAUAGGUACGAUUGGUCGAGUGAGAUUGCAAGACGAACACAACAAUAUGGCUAUCAUUAUUGUUACAGGUUGAGGGGUGUCGAUGAAUUGAAUGAUGAAGGUGCACCUACAACACCUCCAAUUCCCGAGUUUCUAAACUUUUUAAUUGACAGACUUGCCAAACUCAGCGAUCCAGUCAUUCCGUUCACCUUUGACCAAGUGAUAAUCAACGAAUACAAUAAAAACCAAAAGAUUCAACCUCAUAUCGAUUCUGUUACCGACUGGGAGUCGACCGUUGAUGAAGUUGAAAUUGAAACACCAUUACCAAGAAGAUCAUUGUUAGUACUUCAAGAUGAUGCUAGAUAUGUUUGGAAGCAUGGUAUCAAGUCACAGAACAAUGGUAGACGUGUUUCUUUAACUUUUAGAAAGUAUAAAAGUUAA